AUGAUCUCCACCGUACUCAGUUGGCUGUUUCUGGUGUCCUUCAUCGUGCUGACUAUCGGCGGGAAUGUGCUGGUGUGUUUGGCUGUGGGGCUCAGCCGCCGUCUGCGCCGCAUUGCUAACUGCUUUAUUGUGUCGCUAGCCGUGACGGAUCUGUUGCUGGGCCUGCUGGUGUUGCCCCUCUCUGCCACCCUGGAGUUGCGGAGUGGACACUGGCCCCUGGGAGGCACCCUAUGUAACGUCUAUGUGUCUCUGGAUGUGAUGCUCUGUACGGCCUCCAUCCUGACCCUGCUGGCCAUCAGUGUGGUCCGUUACCUGGCCAUCUCAGCCCCACUCUGCUACCCCCGCAGGGUCACCCCUCCCCGAGUAGCCCUGGCCAUCACCACUAUCUGGGUCACUUCCCUGGCCAUGUCCUUCCUCCCCAUCCACCUGGGCUGGAACACGGCUGACUUCAGGGUGCAGAACCUGGACUGGGGCAUUUGGGAUGAGGUGGAGGAGGGACGCACCUGCCGCUUUGAGUGGCAUAACAACUACGUGCUCCUAGAUGCCUUUGGCACCUUCUACCUCCCGCUACUGGUCAUGUGCGGGAUGUACCACCGCGUCUUUCAGAUAGCACGCAAACAGGUUAGUAAUUUAUUCAUUAUAUUUAUUUGUUGUGCGGUAGUAUCAUUACCAGUGAUAGUAGUGAUAAUAGUAAUUAUGGCUGGAGCAGCAAUAGUAGUACUGGAAUAAUUAGUAGUAGCUAUUAUAGUUACAUCAAUUUAUUAAUGUCAUCCAUUCAGUCGUCCAUCUGCUGACCCUCUUUCUCUUUAACCUGUCUUUAUCCAUCCAUUCAGGUACGGCGUAUCCGAGCUGCCACUCCUUCAUUUGCCCCCACAGCAUCAGCGGCGGCCACAGUGCGGGAGCACAAGGCUACAGUGACUCUAGCAGCAGUUCUGGGGGCCUUCAUUAUCUGCUGGUUCCCCUAUUACACCUUCUUUGCCUGCAUGGGCAUCGGAGCAGAGACUAACCCCCCUACUACUGCCCACUCUGUGGUGCUGUGGCUGGGCUACUUUAACUCCGCUGUCAACCCCAUCCUGUACCCGGCCCUGAACCGGGACUUCCGCAGGGCGUAUGGGGAGCUGAUGUGCUGCAGGGGGCCGUGGUGGAGACGCAUGUCCACAACUAUCCGCGUGUCCUUGCAGAAACGAGUGCCCCUCUCUAGCGAACACAUAGACACUCAUCUGACCAAUGGCCACACAGACACCCUCCCUAAAGACAAUCAGCCGGAGGGAAAGAGCCUCACCCUGCAGAAGACCAACGGCAGCACCAUUGCUGACCAGACCAGGUAAAAUACAAUACAUAGUACAGGACAUUACACAACAGUAACACACUGGAUAGGGACUAGGUAACACAUACAGGACACUUUAUAAAGGUACACGUCAGACAAUACACAGUGUUAUGUUCUUAUGAUGUCACAAACAAGAGAUCCUCCCUGUCUGUCUACCUGGUGUCUCCCUGGUGACAGGUGAGACACAUAACAAAGGUGAGACAAACAGACCAUGCAGGUCAGUCACACUGAUACAUACAGUGGAUACAUACAGUGGGGAGAACAAGUAUUUAAUACACUGUCGAUUUUGCAGGUUUUCCUACUUACAAAGCAUGUAGAGGUCUGUAAUUUUUAUCAUAGGUACACUUCAACUGUGAGAGACGGAAUCCAGAAAAUCACAUUGUAUGAUUUUUAAGUAAUUAAUUUGCAUUUUAUUGCAUGACAUAAGUAUUUGAUACAUCAGAGAAGCAGAACUUAAUAUUUGGUACAGAAACCUUUGUUUGCAAUUACAGAGAUCAUACGUUUCCUGUAGGUCUUGACCAGGUUUGCACACACUGCAGCAGGUAUUUUGGCCCACUCCUCCAUACAGACCUUCUCCAGAUCUUUCAGGUUUCGGGGCUGUCGCUGGGCAAUACGGACAUUCAGCUCCCUCCAAAGAUUUUCUAUUGGAUUCAGGUCUGGAGACUGGCUAGGCCACUCCAGGACCUUGAGAUGCUUCUUACGGAGCCACUCCUUAGUUGCCCUGGCUGUGUGUUUCGGGUCGUUGUCAUGCUGGAAGACCCAGCCACGACCCAUCUUCAAUGCACGACCCAUCCAUCCUCCCCUCAAUAUGAUGCAGUCGUCCUGUCCCCUUUGCAGAAAAGCAUCCCCAAAGAAUGAUGUUUCCACCUCCAUGCUUCACGGUUGGGAUGGUGUUCUUGGGGUUGUACUCAUCCUUCUUCUUCCUCCAAACACGGCGAGUGGAGUUUAGACCAAAAAGCUCUAUUUUUGUCUCAUCAGACCACAUGACCUUCUCCUAUUCCUCCUCUGGAUCAUCCAGAUGGUCAUUGGCAAACUUCAGACAGGCCUGGACAUGCGCUGGCUUGAGCAGGGGGACCUUGCGUGCGCUGCAGGAUUUUAAUCCAUGACGGCGUAGUGUGUUACUAAUGGUUUUCUUCGAGACUGUGGUCCCAGCUCUCUUCAGGUCAUUGACCAGGUCCUGCUGUGUAGUUCUGGGCUGAUCCCUCACCUUCCUCAUGAUCAUUGAUGCCCCACGAGGUGAGAUCUUGCAUGGAGCCCCAGACCGAGGGUGAUUGACCGUCAUCUUGAACUUCUUCCAUUUUCUAAUAAUUGCGCCAACAGUUGUUGCCUUCUCACCAAGCUGCUUGCCUAUUGUCCUGUAGCCCAUCCCAGCCUUGUGCAGGUCUACAAUUUUAUCCCUGAUGUCCUUACACAGCUCUCUGGUCUUGGCCAUUGUGGAGAGGUUGGAGUCUGUUUGAUUGAGUGUGUGGACAGGUGUCUUUUAUACAGGUAACGAGUUCAAACAGGUGCAGUUAAUACAGGUAAUGAGUGGAGAACAGGAGGACUUCUUAAAGAAAAAACAGGUCUGUGAGAGCCGGAAUACUUACUGGUUGGUAGGUGAUCAAAUACUUAUGUCAUGCAAUAAAAUGCAAAUUAAUUACUUAAAAAUCAUACAAUGUGAUUUUCUGGAUUUUUGUUUUAGAUUCCGUCUCUCACAGUUGAAGUGUACCUAUGAUAAAAGUUACAGACCUCUACAUGCUUUGUAAGUAGGAAAACCUGCAAAAUCGGCAGUGUAUCAAAUACUUGCUCUCCCCACUGUAUAUAUAUAUAUAUAUAUAUAUAUAUAAAAAGGAAUACAUAAACAAAUCUCCACUAGACAAAAGUGAAGGAGAGAGACAGUUGUGCAGUAGCUAGUACAGUAUGAUAUAAAAUGGUUGAUACGUUAUCUACCACCUGCUUAUAAAACAAAGGAGAACAAACCUAUACAAAGAAGAUAAAGAGAACAUAGCCAAGUCAAUAUUAACCGUCUAAAUAGCUCAGUGUCCAGGCUGAUCAUUUCCCCAGCUAACUGAUGGAGACAUAGGCAGUUAAAGGUUUCUAGAGGGUGGUGCUCCUCUCUGUUGCAGACCCACUGGUGGUGAAUCAGUGACUUGCCUGGCUGGAUUUACUUGAAUGUGUAUGUGUGUGUUCAUCCCUAAAAGGUACAGAAUGUCCAAUCAGGGUUACAGUAUGUUGGAUGGCUUCCAGAAGGUUGGCGGAGGGGAAACAAGGACAUCUGGAAGUGUCAUCCAGGUAUCCCGGCUCCAUAUGGGAUACCUGUCCACCUUUAGAUAAUGUACCCCUGCAUCAACAGCCAGGCUAAAGAGUUCCACUGGGCAUAGGUUCCCUCACGUCAUUGGUUUCCAAACCUUUUGGUGUCGUGACAUCUUCCUGUGGCCUUCAUGAUUCCUGUGGCCCUCAUGAACUGGUUGGUGUUGUGACAUCUUCCUGUGGCCCUUCCUGUGGCCUGCCACAGCCGACAGCCCUAUCUGUGACCCAGUAGAAAUAACUGACCUACUGUUUGACAACUACCAGACCACAUCAACCCAACAACCCCCACGUUCACAUGUGCUGCCAAGAUACACUCACCUGUGCUGCCAAAAUAUGGCAUGGGACAUUCACACCACUAUGUACUUUGUCUGCAAUGACUUCUAUGAAUGGCAUGUCCCUGCCCUCUAGUGACCAAAUGUGUCAUCACACUCACCCUCACAAGAAGAGGUGACACAAAAUCAAUACCAGUAUCUGUUUGUUCAAAUCAUUGUUAAUGACAUCAUAUGUUUAUCUAUCAUGUAUUAUACAUGUGCAUACUACAAAUUAUAAUUACCUAAUAUGUCCUGGUUAUUGUUGAACUGCCAAGCAAGAAAUACAAUUCAAAUCUGAAAAUAUAAUUUAAAAGUCACUUGCCAAUAUAUUUUCAUUAAGCACUGUCAGGCAUGAUACAGUACAGUACCUGCAUUUACCAGAUAACAUCAUUUAUAAUGUGGAGAAACAACAAACAAUUAUCCACUCUCACAUUCUGAGCCCUUCCAGCUCCCGGCCAAUCAAACCCUGCUUCUGGAAACUCUUUUUUCUCUUGCUCUCAGUGAUGAACCACUUCACAACUGAAGACAGACAGCAAUCAUAUCCUCAAUAUCAUACACAACAGUUUUUGACAUUAUCCCUUUAUGUGAGGAUAUUGUUUCUUCUUGUUAUGUUUUUUUAAUCUGUAGUAGUAGUGACCUACCGUUGGGAUUACUGACGGUCAAGACAGCUGAUGACCUCCAGGGAGAAGUUGUCUUCCUCCAGACCAGAGAUGGCCUCCACCAGCAAGCUGAGCUCUAA